CGUUGGGUCACAGUUCAGACACACAGAGCAAAGAUGGCGUCGCUGAGUGACAAAUCAGUUUGGGAUGAAGUGGAGGAUGGUAUCGGCGAAGAAGUGUUAAAAAUGUCUACAGAGGAGAUAGUUCAGCGAACUCGUCUUCUCGACAGUGAGAUAAAGAUUAUGAAGAGCGAGGUGCUGCGUGUGACCCACGAGCUGCAGGCUAUGAAAGAUAAAAUCAAAGAAAACACGGAGAAGAUCAAGGUGAACAAAACGCUGCCGUACCUGGUGUCUAAUGUGAUCGAGCUACUCGACGUGGACCCCAACGACCAGGAGGAAGACGGGGCUAACGUGGACCUGGACUCCCAGAGAAAAGGAAAGUGCGCCGUCAUUAAGACCUCCACCCGGCAGACCUACUUUCUGCCGGUGAUCGGGCUGGUGGACGCCGAGAAGCUGAAGCCCGGAGACCUGGUGGGUGUCAAUAAAGACUCCUACCUGAUCCUGGAGACCUUACCGACCGAAUACGACUCCAGAGUCAAGGCCAUGGAGGUGGACGAGCGUCCCACAGAGCAGUACAGCGACAUCGGAGGGCUGGACAAGCAGAUCCAGGAGCUGGUGGAGGCCAUCGUGCUACCCAUGAACCACAAGGAGAAGUUUGAAAACCUGGGCAUCCAGCCACCUAAAGGGGUCCUGAUGUACGGACCACCUGGCACUGGGAAGACCCUCCUGGCCAGGGCCUGUGCUGCUCAGACCAAGGCCACAUUCCUGAAGCUGGCAGGUCCACAGCUGGUCCAGAUGUUCAUUGGAGAUGGAGCCAAGCUGGUCAGAGAUGCCUUUGCCCUGGCCAAAGAGAAAGCCCCAUCCAUCAUCUUCAUCGAUGAGCUGGACGCCAUCGGAACCAAGAGGUUUGACAGCGAGAAGGCGGGAGACAGAGAGGUGCAGAGGACCAUGCUGGAACUGCUCAACCAGCUGGAUGGAUUUCAGCCCAACAUGCAGGUCAAGGUGAUUGCUGCCACCAACAGAGUGGACAUCUUGGACCCUGCCCUGCUCCGUUCAGGUCGUCUGGACAGGAAGAUCGAGUUCCCCAUGCCAAACGAAGAGGCCAGAGCUCGCAUCAUGCAGAUCCACUCCCGUAAAAUGAACGUCAGCCCCGACGUCAACUACGAAGAGCUGGCCCGCUGCACUGACGACUUCAACGGAGCCCAGUGCAAAGCAGUGUGCGUGGAGGCCGGUAUGAUCGCGCUGCGUCGCGGAGCCACGGAGCUGAACCACGAGGAUUACAUGGAGGGAAUCCUGGAGGUGCAAGCCAAGAAGAAGGCGAACCUUCAGUACUACGCCUGAGGACACUGCCUGUGUCUGCAUUUGUGUAUGAGAGAGUCUUUGAUUAUUCACACAGCUGUUGAGAAAACACUUGUUACUUGUUAAGUGAUGAUUAAUUUGAGUUAAUAAAAAUGAAAAAAAUGCUUUAACUAAGUGAUGUUGUUUCUUUCAGCUAAAUACAGAGGAUAGAGUUUAAAAACAUGUUCUUGAUUUCAGGUGGUGCAGAAUAAUCUCAUAGCUGCUGUGGAUUUAUUGCUUUCAAGUCUUGAAUCAUCCAUUUACAAGUAGCACAUCUGGAAUUAUGUUUCAGUCAUUAAUGAAACAAAUCCCUCAGGUGAUGUUUACAGUAAAAUUUCACUAGUCUGUUAGAUUAAGUAGUUAAUGUGCUGUACACCACUGGUAGUAUCACUUGUCAGUCAUUUUAAUUCUUGCCAGUAUCUCUGAGCGAUGUAUGGGAGUCACAAGUAGUAAGGAAUAUUCACAUUUUUCUUUCUUAAGUCUAAAUUAAAUGCUCAAAAUUGAAAUACUCAUCCAAACUGUAUCAUGUACACUUGUUUCUGCUGAACUUAUCAAUAAAAAGAUUAAACUGGUGAAACUAUAUAAAUAUAAAAUAUCCCAAAUAGAAAUGUUGCCUGUUCCCCUCUCUUACUGAUGUUUAUACCAUGAACAAGUCAAUUAUAGUUCCUUAUACAGUAUUAUCAUGACGAUAUUUUGAAUAAAAAAGGGGGAUAGCGACACAUAACUACAGAUUAAUUUGUCCUUCAAGUUUUCUUUUACAUUCUUGAUUAUCAGCUGCUUAUCUCACAUAGAGGAAUGCCGUUCAGCUACUUUGAUGCAAUCAUGAGUGAGGCAAACGUGACAAAGUUGAAAUGAUCCGUUUCUGUAAUUCUCCAUCAACAGAUGUAAUUAAAAUAUUAAUGUUAUUAUCCCA